AUGGCCAACCCACAAACCCCCCUCUCCCCCUCCCACUUCCACCGCAUAACAAACACCUCAAACCCCUCAAACCCCACCCUCGACAUCGCCAACGACCACGGCACCCAAAACAGCACCGGCCUCCUCAAACUAGCCCGCGAAGGCUACUACUCAGGCCAAUUUUGGGCUUUCAUCCCCUCACCCUCAUCCUCAACCCCCAACUCCUACCGGCUCCGCCCAAACCGACUCCUCGAUGUCUACGCAGAAGAUACUUCGAAAGCGGUGUUGAGGCGGGCGGACGACACGCCGCAUGCGCUGGAUUGGAAGGUGGGUGAGUGGGGCAAUGGAACAUGGUGGAUUGGGAGUGAAGCGAGUGGCGUGUUGAAGGUUAUGGAUGUUGGUGGGGAGAAUGGGCGGCAGGUAGUAUUGAGGGAGAAGGAUGAGGGGGCUAAGACGCAGAGGUGGAGGAUUGAGGUUAUUAGGGAGAUUAGUGAGGACGAGUUUUAUGAUAGACCUGCCACACCAGCGGAGGGAGAGGGCUGCUAG